GACCUUUGAUACCAAACCGAAUCAAACCUGGGAAGCAAGAGUAAACGACAGGCCAAGAAAACUGAAGAAUUUCACCUGAGAAAAGACAAAGAUGUCAAACAUCACAGACCAAUGGAAAAGCACCAUGGCCAAGAUCUUUGAGAUGCUGGAUGAUCAGCAGUACAAGGAGAUGGUGGAAUUCUUUAAGAACAAUAAAGGUCCCUCACAGACAAGGGUCACUGAGAUGUUUAGGAAAGAACUUCCUAAUAGGCUCAUUAAGAAGUUUGGCACGAAGGGAUCCAUCUUCUUCAUCAAUAAAGCAAUGCAGGCAAUAACAAUUAACUCUGAUGUCCAUGACCUGCUGCGUCCCUUUGUGGAACAAAUGCGAAUAAACCAAGAAAACCAGGCAGAAGGUGCAGAGACCAGGAGCCAUCACGAGCAGACUGGUUUAGCUGUAGCAGUAAAGCCUGAGCAGAAGCAAGAUGGAGGAUCUGGAGUCACUCAAAGUCCACAGAGAAUACGUCCUAACAUGAGGAAAUCCAUCAAGGAUCUGAAGGCCAGUGGUGACCUGUUUGGAAAAGAGAAAUAUCCAACCAUUCAGGAAGGCAGCUUCUAUACCCUCAGAGAAGUUCUCAUGGAUCAGAAGGAGAACAUUCUCAAGGUUACAGAAAAGAAUAUGGAGUUGAAAGCCGAAAAACUUCUCAGUCCAGUUUUCACCAUCAGAGAAGUAACACGCUUUGAAGACAAAAAGGAAGUGAGCGUUAAAGGCACCGUGAAGGAGAUUGGUGAACCCACGAAAAUAAAGAAACUAAAGAGAGACAAGCUGGACUUUGAACUGGAGGAUGAAACUGGAUCCAUCAGAAUCAACCUGUGGGGUGAAAAAAGCAGACAGCUGGAUGGGAUAUCAAUAGGAGAUGUGGUUCAGGUCCAAUACCUAAAGACAAACCAUUAUAAUGGAACAGUGUCUCUGAACUCCACAGACCUCACCAAAAUCAACAAGAUUGAAAGUGCUGAGGUCCAGAAAGUCACCAUCAACAUCAUGGGGAUCAGUAAGGCAGACAAGAUCAUGACAGAGCUGGAUGUCGAGAUCAGCAACCAGAUGAAGAUGUUGGAGGUUUCCUCUCCUCUUCUGGCAGAAGUAUUUGGUCUCUGUCUGGAUGACAACUUUCAAAGCAAACUCCUGGAGAAGAUCGAGUGUGAACUGGAAGCAGAAAUACAAGGAAACAAGAUCAAGAACCUUAAAGCCAAAGCAUGAACCUUUCCACAGUUCUGUGUCAUGGCUGCUCUAGUUUGUAGAUAACCGUCAGUGCUGCCAUCUGUUGUUAUCAUUAGAAUAGCGCAAUAAUUACUCUUAAUCUGUUUUUGAUUAUCAAAACUCUUUCCGACUUCCCUUUUAUCAUGAAAACAUGCAUGAAUAAAAAUUAGGAGUCAGUUUGUAGAUGGGAAAAUCUGGAGCUCAUGACUUUCAUCCUGGUGUUAACUGCUUUUUACAUUAACUACUCCUGUUUGCAUACGGUAUAUAAUACUAACUGUUGAUCCAAUGCAUAAUAUUAUGAAUAUGAUCUAAAAUAAACUGAUCUUAUAGUUUCUUUGAAAUAAUUUCACAGUUAAAUUGAAGCCUGAGGCCUUGGAUAAUUUUGAGUCUAAUUUCCUUAGAAAACAUUUAACCAGUUGGAGUGUGAUCUGAUUCAAUCGAGUUGUGAAUUGGGGCUAUAUUAAUAAACUGAAUUAAUUUUAUCA